GUGACGUUACUCGUUGAGGCACUGAAGUUAUCUAUCGUCAGAGUGGGAGUUACUUUCAACUAAGUGUUGGGACGUAGUUCAGACUGCACAGACAAGUGGUUAAAACUCCCCUUAUGAGUUUUGUGACAGUGUGUGUGGAUAUAAUAUUGUAAAUAAAUCGGACUGAAGAAAAAGAAAGUUUUAACGACUGCCACGGCGGGCGAAUCACAUUUUCCAUGAAAAUGUACAUUGAGUAAUCGACUCAGCUUUUUUAACGUUGUCGCGACGUUGUUGGACAUUAUACGUUCGAUUUUAGAAUUAAAGAACGCUUUUACAGAGAACACAGACUCGUGGCGGUGUUCUAAGCCUUUGAUCUAAUCGUAUAGUUGCGGUGAUCUAAUGUUUUAAUCUCUUACACAAUAGUAAACAACAUCGAAAGAUAUGUUUUUAUCGCCAUGUAGCUUAUUUGAAAACAUUUCCACAAUUAUGUGAGAUGGUCCUGGGAGGAAUGUGAGUUUAGCGCUCAUGGAGCUCCAGGUGGUGUGCGGAUUGCUCUACUGCUUUCUGCUGCCCAUCUUCUUACUGGCAGCCUGCAUCUUCCGUUACAAUGCUCUUUCUUUAGUCUAUCUUCUGUACCUGCUGCUGCUUCCAUGGUUUCAAUGGCCCAAUAAACACACACUACGAGGACACACUGGACGUUUCAUCAAGGCUCUCUUCAGCACCAGUCUGAUUUUCCUCUUGGCACACAUCUGUUUUCAGAUCUGCCUUUAUACGAUCCCCAGCCUCGAUGAUGCACUGGGACACAACUGCAGCUCAUGGGAGACUCUAUCAAGACAUGUUGGAGUGUCCAGGCUGCCUCUGGAAGACCCCUGGAGUGUGGUGUGGCUCCUGACUCCAGACCUCGGCAUCUUCAUCAUCUCACUGGUCACUCUGAUGCUGUGUAACCGUCUGUUAAAGCAGAGGGACAAUGGACUCAUACCUCAAAUGUCUACCCUAAUACAUGAGGAGGAUGUAUCAGAAGAUGAGGAUGAAGAUGAAGAGGAGGGAAUUAUGUCAUGCAGCGAGACUGAGGAUGAGGAAGGUGGUCUUUACUCCAGCAGUGGGGCGGCACAGUUAGCUGCCCGUCUGCGCGCGACAGCACAACACUUCCUCAGGAAUAUGGGCCGCAUCCUGGCCAUCACACUACUGGCACUGGCUGGAAUCACACUACCUUCUGCCUUCUCGGCCUUCUACUUCCUGCUCUUCAUCAUUGUUUGCACCUGGUGGGCCUGCCAUUUUCCCAUCAGCCAUUUGGGGUUCAAUGCUCUCUGCGUGAUGGUGGCCUUCUUUACAGGAGGACAUCUAGUGUGUCUGUAUCUGUAUCAGAGCUCUUUUUCACAAGAUAUUUUCUCUCCAGCAGGCCUGUGGGCCAGACUCUUCGGCCUGAAGGAUAUAGUCAGACCUGGAAACUGUUCAUCUUUUGGGCUCGCCCUCAACGUGGCGCACGACUGGCCAGUGUACGUCAAUCCUGGCAUUCUCCUCCUCCUGUACUUCUCUGUGACUGUUGUGCUGAAAAUCAGCAGUUAUACUCAAGACCACACUGACAAGACCCAUGAGGAUGAAGCGGUUGAUAAGGCAACAGCUGGUGAAGGUGUAGAGGAGGUGGAGCUCAAACGUUGGGAGAUGAGGAGACAGAACCCUGAAGAUGACACUAAGCAAAUGCUUCUCACACCGGGAGAAUCACCUGUAUGCGAAUCACAUAUCUCUGAAGAGCCUGUGACCAGUGAUUCAAGCCAACAUGAUAUAGGGCUCAGUGGAGAGGCCGAGGGCGAUAACCCUCUACGUCUGGUGGGGCGAAAGAUCUUACAACAAAGUUACAUAGGUGCCCUCAUCGCCAUGAUGGUGUGGAGUAUCACAUAUCACAGCUGGCUGACGUUUGUGCUGCUGCUGUGGUCGUGUUUGAUCUGGAUGCUGCGGGCGCGUCAGCACUUCGCCGCUCUUUGCUCUCCCUUCAUUCUGCUAUAUGGUCUGACUCUGUGCUUCCUGCAGUAUGUGUGGGCCAUGGACCUGCAAAUGGAACUGCCCCAGCACAUUGGCACCAUGAGUCUACGCCAACUGGGUCUGGACCGGGCACAAUACCCCUGCCUGCGCUUGGGUGCCAUGUUGCUGUUCAUGUUGACGUUUUGGCUUCUGUUGAGACAGUCAGUGAAGGACACAUUCAGUAGGAAGAAGAGGUUAGCAGUCCCUCUUCAAGAAGUCACUACAGGAGAGAGUUCAGGGCGAAACGAGUCGAUAUUGAAGGUGUUGGGUGGGCUGGUGAUGAGUCUGUAUGCUAAAUACUGGAUCUACGUGUGUGGAGGAAUGUUCAUCAUGGUGAGCUUUGCAGGGAAACUCGUCGCAUACAAGAUCGUCUACAUGCUGCUGUUUCUGCUCUGCAUGUGUCUGUAUCAGGUUUAUUACUCUCUGUGGAGAAGGUUACUGAAGGCCUUUUGGUGGACAGUGGUGGCUUACACUAUGGUGGUGCUCAUUUCAAUAUACACCUUUCAGUUUGAGGACUUCCCAGGCUAUUGGAGAAACUUCACUGGAUUCACAGAACAGCAGCUGUCAGACAUAGGUCUGGAGACGUUUAAACUCUCUGAACUCUUCAGCAGUAUUCUCAUCCCAGGCUUCUUCCUGUUGGCCUGUAUUCUACAGCUGCACUACUUCCAUAAACCCUUCAUGAAGAUAACCGACCUGGAGCAUGUCACUCCCAUACACAGGAAGAGAGGUAUAGAGAACCCAGAUUUAGUUCAAUCCACAGAGGAUGAAAGAUUUGAGGAGGAAGAUCUCCACACAGAGCAGGCUGAUGAUCCAUCAGAGGCUGACGAGGUGAUACCUAGUAAGUGGGGUCUGGUGAUGGACAGACUGACGGUGUUGUCCUGGAAGUUCUCUGACACCCUGACACAUGUCCAGAGCUUCAUCUGGAGAGUACUGGAGCUGCACAUUGUCAAGAUUGUGGCGUUUUUCGUUGUGUGGGUGGCACUAUUGGAGCCAACUGUAAUGAACUUAGUGCUCGUGGUGCUGUGGAGUUUCGCAAUGCCGUAUGGCCGUUUCAGACCCAUGGCCUCGUGUCUGUCCACCAUCUGGGUCUGUGUCAUCAUCGUCUGCAAGAUGCUUUACCAGCUGAGUGUCGUCAACCCUGCCGAGUAUUCCAACAACUGCACUGUGCCAAUGAUGAACGAAACGAGUCUAGAGCCAGAUGAAGUGUUGAACUCUACGCUUUACAAAGCACCUGUGGAUCCAGCCAACUGGUUUGGUGUGAGGAAAGAUGCUACUGUACUAGGUUACAGCAAGGAUCAUCUGCUGGUGCUGUUGCUGCUGGUUUUUGAGGUGACAGUGUACCGGCACCAGACUCAUCACUACAGACAACAACAGCGUUCACCUCCCUCAAUCCCAGCCAUCUUUCCCCAGGCCACCCGAGACACGCUGGACCAGAGCCUCCUCCAUUGCAUCAAAUACCUGCUCAACUACACCUUCUACAAGUUUGGUCUGGAAAUUUGUUUCCUCAUGACAGUGAAUGUUAUUGGUCAGCGUAUGAACUUCCUGGUUAUCAUCCAUGGCUGCUGGUUGGUGGCCAUCAUGGUGCGGCGGCGCAGAGCUGCUAUUGCCAAGAUCUGGUCCAAGUACUGCCUGUUUCUGGUCGUCUUCAUGAUAUAUCAGUAUGUCUUGUGUGUUGGCAUCCCGCCUGCCCUCUGUAAAGAUUACCCGUGGAGAUGGAAAACCAUUGUAACCAUCCACUCAGCGCUGGUUAAAUGGAUCUACUUACCAGACUUCUACACCAUCCCCAACUCGAAGAACCUUAUAGCGGACUUCCUCCUGCUGAUGUGCGCCUCCCAGCAGUGGACCGUAUUUGAGAAUGAGAAGAAGGAGGAAUGGAUGGUCAUGGGAGGAGAGAAUAAAGACCACCCUGACCCCAUGGAAGAAAUGCCCUUCAACCCUGCCCCCAACUUCAUCAACUGCAUGUGUUAUCUGGACAUGGCAAAAACCCUGGUGUUCCGCUACAUGUACUGGUUUGUGUUGACGGUGGUGUUUGUGACCGGAGCGACUCGCAUCAGUGUCUUUGGGUUGGGUUACCUUCUUGCCUGCUUCUCUUUCCUGCUGUUCGGCACACAGCUGCUGAUCAAACCGUCCCGCACGCGUCUGCUUAUGUGGGACUGUCUCAUCAUUUACAACGUAGCUGUGAUCAUCUCCAAAAACAUCCUGUCUAUACUGGCGUGUGUAUUUGUGGUGGAGAUGCAGAAGAACUUCUGCUGGGUCAUUCAGCUCUUCAGUCUGGUGUGUACAGUCAAAGGCUACUAUGACCCAAAGUCAGUGUAUGAUAAAGAGUGUUCUCUGCCUGUGGAAGAGGCUGGCAUUAUCUGGGACAGCAUCUGCUUCUUCUUCCUCCUCCUCCAGAGGAGAGUCUUCCUCAGUUUUUACUUCCUGCACGUGUCUGCAGAUCUACAAGCAUCUGCGCGACAGGCUUCUCGGGGUUUUGAGUUGUUCCGCGCCAGCAUUAUAAAGAACAUGCAUUUCUAUCAACAAGCUGAGAAGAAAUCACUCAAGCAGCUGAAGGAAUCAAUGAAGCGCAUACGUGACAAACAGCAGAAAUAUAAAGAAGGACGUAAAACUUCUGAAUUGGAGGAGCAGCCGUCAGACUCCCAGGAGCAGAAGGAGAGACUGCUGUCCAAGUCUGAAGGGUGGCAGUAUCCCUGGAUGGACCACACGACUGUGUUGCAUUCUGGGGAAUACUACUUGUUUGAGUCUGACAGUGAGAAAGAGGAAGACGAGUCUUUGCAGGAAACAGAAGACUUUGCUAAACAGAAACCUCACAAACAGACUGCGUUUCAGCUGGCAUAUCAGGCCUGGGUCACCAGCGCGAAAGAAGCCCUGAAAGGACAUCAGCGGAAACAGAGAGAGCAGAGACUGGAAAACAAGACACAACAAACCUCACAGACCUCAGAUGAUGCAGAGGAGGCUGGAGCCGUUUUCAAUGCUGAAAAUUCCCCAAAAGAGGAGAUGGGAGAAGAAUCAGAGGAGUUAGCCACUGGCAGUGAUAUAGUGCAAAGAAUCCUGGACAUCCUGAAGUUCCUGUGGGUGCUUUUCCUGGCUAUAGUGGACGGAUUCACCCUGUGGCUGAACAUACUUACCAAACAGUAUGUAGAUACCUCCAUGGUCCUGAGUGAGGAGCGCUACCUCUUCAUUCACAACGUCAGCCAGAGAGAACCCCCCCUGGAUGACCAGCUGUCUCAGGACAGUGAAAACCUUACUCUAGACACCUGUCUCGAUGAAACGGACACGGACAAUGUUCGCUUCAGUCAUGACGUCAAUGUGGUUGAGUUGGAGCCACUGAAUGGUUUUUCUAAGUCUCGUGACUUCAGCAGCACAACACUGUCUUCUGAUCUCACACUAGAGCUUGAUUCAGAACUGUUUUACAGCCAUCGGCCUCACCGCUCCAGAACCGCCAGUGAACUGCUUUCUGAGAGGCCGUUCUGUGUUGAGGAGUUGAUUCAGAGUCGUGAGUUCUACUCAUCUCAGAACCGCCUGCUGAAGCUGCUCUUUGCACUGUUUAAUGUGCUGGCGGCUCACUCUGAGCUAGUCUGUUAUUUCAUUAUCGUGCUGAAUAACUUGGUGACGGCAUCUGUCAUCUCCCUGGUGCUGCCGAUACUUGUGUUUCUCUGGGCCAUGCUGUCUGUGCCACGACCCUCGAAGAAGUUCUGGAUGACGGCCAUUGUCUACACAGAGAUCAUGGUUGUGGUGAAAUACCUGUUUCAGUUUGGCUUCUUUCCAUGGAACAAUGAGUAUGAGCUGAAGUUAAACCAGGACAAGCCCUUCUUCCCUCCACGUAUCCUGGGUCUGGAGAAAACUGAUAACUACAUCCGUUAUGACUUACUACAGCUGCUGGCUCUGUUUUUCCAUCGCUCACUACUCCAGCGUUAUGGUCUGUGGGACCAAGAGGGCCCUCUGAAAGAGAAGAGUAAUGUUUCAUCUGCAGACAAGAGCGAGAACGACAAAGAUGAAAAGGUCUCUCAACUGUCAGAUGAGGAAGACAGCCGCGCGCAGGCGGAGCCACACACAGAAGUGCUGUCAAUCACAUCAUCAACAGAAACGCCCACUGAUGCUGAAAUACACACUGAUCCAGAGAACAACGUACACACACACACUACCACAGAAAACACUGAGACAGUAAAGGAGGAUGGACACAAGAAAAGCCGCUUCCUUCGAUUCCGCAAGACAAAACCAUCAAAUAAAGACACUGCACAGAAAGAGCCCAAGAAGAAGAGGAAGUCCAAGACCAAGAACAGAAAAGAUGCCAGUAAAAGACUAAUAAAUGCUAUUCAGGGAAAACUCAAAGGCCUUUUCUUAUCCAUAGUAAAGAAUGUCUAUAAGCCGACUUGUGGAUUCUUCCAGAGCAUUCUACAUGCAGAGUAUCGAGCAGCUACUGAUGUCUAUGCUCUUAUGUUCCUCACUGAUGUGGUUGAUUUCAUUAUCAUCAUCUUCGGUUUUUGGGCUUUUGGAAAACACUCCGCUGCAGCAGAUAUCGCUUCAUCUCUGUCUGAAGAUCAGGUUCCAGAGGCGUUUCUCGUCAUGCUUCUCAUUCAGUUCAGCACCAUGAUCAUUGAUCGUGCUCUCUACCUGCGGAAGAGCAUCCUGGGAAAGCUCAUCUUCCAGGUGUUGCUGGUGUUUGGAAUCCACCUCUGGAUGUUCUUCAUCCUUCCUGCUGUCACCGAGAGGAUGUUCAAUCAUAACUCGGUGGCCCAGCUCUGGUAUUUUUUCAAGUGCAUCUACUUCACGUUGUCAGCAUAUCAGAUCCGCUGCGGCUACCCGACACGCAUCCUUGGAAACGUCCUCACCAAGAAAUACAACCAUCUCAAUCUCUUCCUCUUCCAAGGGUUUCGCCUUGUUCCCUUUUUAGUGGAGCUUCGAGCAGUAAUGGACUGGGUUUGGACCGAUACCACAUUGUCUCUGUCCGAUUGGAUGUGUGUGGAGGACAUCUACGCCAAUAUCUUCAUCAUCAAAUGUAGCCGUGAGACCGAGAAGAAAUAUCCUCAGCCAAAAGGACAAAAGAAAAAGAAGAUUGUCAAGUAUGGGAUGGGUGGCCUUAUCAUUUUCUUCCUCAUUUGCAUCAUCUGGUUCCCUCUACUCUUCAUCUCAUUGGUUAAAUCUGUAGUAGGCGUGGUUAACCAUCCUAUUGAUGUCACAGUCACAGUGAAGCUUGGAGGUUAUGAGCCUUUAUUUACGAUGAGUGUACAGCAGCAGUCCAUUCAGCCUUUCACCGAGCACGACUACAAUCAACUCACCAGCCAGUUUGAAAAAAAUGCUGUGGCUAUGCAGUUCAUUACCUUGUACAGCUAUGAAGACAUCGUCAAAGCUAACAUUGAGGGCAGCUCAGGGUCAGUGUGGAGAAUAAGCCCUCCGAGCAGACAGGAACUAAUCAAAGAACUGCUCGGCAGCAGUGAUAUGACCUUACGUCUGGACUGGAACUUCCAAAGGGAUCUGGGCAAGGGUGGGACAGUGGAACACACUUACGACAAGCACACCAUCAAUCUGGCGCCGGGGAACCCGGUUCGAGCAGAUCUGGCCUCACUGCUGUUGGGCAGUCGCAAGGAUCCUGCGCUUGUGCCGCAGAUGUUUCCCAACUACAUCCGAGCACCCAACGGUGCUGAAGCAAAGCCAGUCAACCAGCUGUAUAACGGUGGUGAGGAGAGGUAUCAGGAUGUGACUCUUUCGCUGAUGAGAGUUGGAUCUCUGAAUGAGACUGGAGCUCAGGAAUGGUGGGACAUCAGUAUCGCAAACUGCAGGGAGUGUGAUGUGUUACCCAUGAUCAUCUUCAAUGACAAAGUCAGCCCUCCAAGUCUGGGCUUCCUAGCAGGAUACGGGAUCAUGGGACUGUAUGUGUCAGUGGUGCUGGUCAUUGGCAAGUUCGUGCGAGGCUUUUUCAGCGAGAUCUCUCACUCCAUCAUGUUUGAAGAGCUUCCAUGUGUGGACCGCAUCCUCAAACUCUGCAUGGACAUUUUCCUGGUGCGAGAAACCGGAGAACUGGAGCUGGAGGAAGAGCUCUACUCCAAACUCAUCUUCCUCUACCGCUCUCCAGAAACCAUGAUCAAGUGGACGAGAGAGAAAAAUCAAGACUGAAACCAUGUUUUGCAUGGUCGACAAUGCUGCGUGUUACUCAGUUUUCCUCAAUAUAGACUUGGCCUUGAGGCCAGCUGGAACCAACAGAGCUCCGCCGCUCAAGAGCCAUUGAAUCUUUCAAUGUCUUAUGAACUAUAAGAGUCUAUAGCAAUUUCUCCAGCACUGUGGAGUUGCCUAGAUGGACGCUAAGAUGGAGUUGGCUUCUUUGCACUUUUAGUUUGGAUAAUGGUGGUUCAGGUUAGGCCUCCAUUCAUUAUUUGGGCUGAACUGUAUUUAGUUUCUUAAAAUCUGUCAGCAAAGCUUGGAAAUCAGCCUUUAAUCUAAGACUAAAUGUGACUUAUUGAAACUCUACCGUUGAGACCGGAAGACGCUAACCCAAGUCGACAUAGUGACUGACGCACACAGACCAAUACUGACAGGUCAGAGACGUUCUAGUUGGACCUUUAAUGUGUAAAUCCAAACACUAUAUGUGGGAAUCUCACAAAACCUGUCAAGAUCAUGUUCAAGUCAUAUUUAACCAAAAAAAUAAAAAAAGGAAGGACAUUUUGCUUAAAGAAAAUGACGCCGUAAUGCGUCAAGAUGAUGAUUGGUUUCUGAUUGGAUUCUCAUUACUUCAAUACAGUGGAAAAUUAUUUUAUUAAAGUCGGCUUAAAGGCAGGAGAACAAAUACGAUAAACGACGAUUUCAAUUGUAAUUCAUGCAGGGGAAAAAAGUAUAUCUUGUUUCACAUUACGGUAUUGAGAGUUAAUUUCUUAAUUAAAAUGUCACAAUGCUAAACAUUAUAAUGGUCCUAAAUAUAGGCUUCAUUUUCGUAUUUCUUGUUUUUGAAUUUUGUGUGAAAUAUGACCAAAAUCAAAAUGUUCUUUACAGGUUUCGUGAGAUUCACCCAUUAUAACUUUUGUUUGUUUUUGCUCAGUUACUACAGCAAAACUGUUUACAAGCCAAAAUAAUAUUUGGAUGAAAGCCAUUGAGUAUUUUGUUUCUGGUUUUACAAUUAUGGGGUAAAAAACACCAGUAAGUCAAACAAUCCCAAAGAGAAAAAGACUGUUUGAAUCCAACAGUUACAUUUUUGCUUAAAGGUGCAUUCAGUAAUUUUUUCCUCAUUAAAAAAGUUUAACUCCUAAAGACAUGAAUUGUGAUUUUGCAAUAUAUGUCAGAAAUCAUGAUCACUCACAUUAAAAUGAAGACUCCAGUCAUAUCAGUAACCUUAUUAAAGCUGUUUUAUUCUACAUGGAGAGGGUCCGCACAUUGGGGCGGCCAUGUUAGAAUCACAUGACCAGCCGAAUAUACUCGCUUUAUUUGACACUUUCACUCAUUGAUUAAAGUAAUCAUGGCUGACUAUGAAUACUACAUUUCUACAACGGCAUCUGAAACUGAAAAUUCUGAUUUUAAAUGAUGCUGCAUCCAAGCCGCUAGGUGUCAGUGUAAGUCCAAGACGACACAAAGACAAAAAAAAAAAAAAGUAUUUAAGGGGAAAUGAGUGCUAAACGAUGCUGGAAUGCUGCGCUUAAUUAUGGUUGUUACGAUGACGUCUAAUUUUUACACAUUCUGUAAUUGUAAAUGUCUUGCGUGUAGUCGAUGAACCAGCUUUCAUCUGUAAUGGCUGGAAUAAUUUCUAUUAUUAUGCAAAGAGCACUUGCAAGUAUUCUCUCGUUUUGUUCAGAAAUCAAAUGUGAGCCUGUAAAAGAAUAAAAUAAACCUUGCUGAAUGGCA